UAGAGGUAAGAUGGCGGCGACUAUAUCCCAGCAGUUGGAGGACUUAUUAAACCCUUUGCCGACCUUUAAAGACCCGGAGGACGAGCACGAUGAAGCAACUAUUGCUAAAGUCAUUGACAGAUUCGACGAAGGGGAGGAUGAGUCGACGUUUGAUAGUAAGCUGCGGAAGUGUGCUUCAGUUUUGCUGUCUGAUACAGACAAGAGGUAUGCUGGGCAGGCAACCUCUCGAAAGGCACUGCAGGAAGAAACUGGACAGAAUUCUGUUUAUGGCUCCUCAGAUGAUGAAGAAGAAGAAAUGUUUGAAGACUUGGAAAGCAGUGAAGAUGAUGAGGAAGAAGAUACCAACAAUGACUCAUUAUGUAAUACAAUUAAGGGUUUUAAGAAAUCCAUAGAAGGAAUGGAUGAUGGCGAAAGUGAAAGUGAAUUGGAAGAAAUAGAGGAGGAGGAGGAGGAAGAGGAAGAAGAAGAAGGUCAGGAUGAUGACAGGAGUCAUGAAGAUGUGGAGAAGGACAAUGUUACAGUAAUGAAGUUCAGUAAGGAAAAAGUAGCUGAAGAGGUGGCGAAGGGGCAAUCCGUAAAAAACCAAAUAGCAUUGUGGGAUCAACUACUUGAAGGGCGAAUCCGACUACAGAAAGCUCUUGUGACUGCCAAUCAGCUUCCACAGCCAGAUUCCUUACCUACUUUCAAAAAAGAAGGUGGACCAGAAUUUUCAACUGCUUUGAAUGACAGUUGCAAAGCACUGAAGGCACUUCUGAGGUCACUCGUUGAACUUCAGGAUGAACUCCUUUUCCAGUACCAAGGCACACAACACUUUGUCAGUGGCAAGAAGCCAGAACUGGACAGUGAAGAGAUUCCCAGUGAUGAUGAAAUUGAGGAUGUGCAGAAGAGGAAAAGGCCACAGAAAAGGAAACUUAAAGUGGAUGAGUACCCAGACUUCAUGGCUAAGCGGUUUGCUGACCUCAGAACAUUUCGUAAUAGUACAUUACAGAAAUGGCAUGAUAAGACAAGAUUAGCUUCAGGCAAAAUAGGCAAGGGGUUCAGCGCUUUUGAGCGUUCCAUCUUGACACAGAUUGAGCAGAUUAUGAUGGAUAAAGAAAGGUUGAUAAGACGGACUCAGACCAAACGAUCCUUGUAUAAAAUUCUUGGAAAAGUGGAAGAAGAUUCUCAGCAGAUCCCAGAGACUGUACCUGGGGAGAUGGAGGUUGUGCCACAAGGAAAGUCAAAUGCACAUCUGAAAGACAUAGAUGAAGAGAUUUUUAAUGACGACGAUUUUUACCAUCAGCUCCUCAGAGAACUAAUUGAGCGGAAGACUACUGCUAUAGAUCCAAAUGAUCAGAUUGCUAUGGGCCGACAAUGGCUUGCAAUUCAGAAACUACGAAGUAAGAUUAAGAGAAAAGUAGAUACCAGAGCAAGCAAAGGCAGAAAAGUAAGAUACCAUGUUCACAGCAAAUUAGUGAGUUUCAUGGCACCUAUUGACCAUAGUACAAUGAACGAUGAUGCAAGGUCAGAACUGUACAGAUCUCUGUUUGGAAAAAUCAAGCAAGCUGAAGACAUGCAGUACUCAUCACCACUGGUCUUUGGACAUUGAUUAUAGCAAAAAAAAAUUUUGCUUUUGACAUCCAUUUUUCUACAAGACAGGACUAUACCGCCUUCCCUUUCAAAUUCCAUUCUGGCUAGAAAGUUUUUUUUUACAUAUAGAAGUCACCAGGUUUCUGACCAAUUUAUGUGCCCAACCCACAAUCUGUAUAUUGGCAAUUUUUACCAUGUUGAAUGGUUUGUUUUUACAGUGGAUGACUGGAGAAGGAUAAUUGGGAUAGAGGUAAUGGCAGUUUGAAACACUUAUCUACACAUCUGUGUUCUCUUCUGUAAGAGAAUAGUGCGUUUCCCAAAAUUAUCAUUUUUGCCUUUUUCCUAGUGGCAAUUAUUGCUGUUCUGAAUAUAGUUAUUAAAAAAAAAUUUAAGGCUAGCUGGAGUGACGUUUUUAAAAUAAUAGUUGAUCUUAAUCAUGAAAUUUUUCAUAUACAGGAAAGGUAAUCUUUUAAAGAUCAGAACAAAGUUUAUAAAAAAGCAAAAUUUAUGUCUUGCAGUUAAAGUACCACUAUCUCAUGAUGGAAAUGAUUGAAUAAGGUAUAUUGAUGUUAAAAGAAGCUGGAAAUAAACUAAGCCUUGCACAAGUUCAUUUUAGUGCAUUGUUGAACCUGCCAUUAA